CCACGAUCUGAUGGUCCUCAGUUUAUCUCUGCCCGGUUCAUGGGAGCAGAUUCCGGGCAGAAAUGCCCCCAAAAGAGCCACAGCUGACUGGACUACGAGCACUGAUUGCAGCUAAAUGAGUUUCUAGGAUGGAAAUAUUUCUGAGGGGAAACCUGAGGAGAGGAGUGGCGCUCUGCCUUCUGCUGCUGGCUCUCACACACCAGGCCACAGGCCAGAGAAGGAACAGGAACAACUACGGGUUACUUGAUGGAGGAAAUGGUCUGCCAUGCUCACUGGAGGUGGCGUUCAUCCUGGACAGCUCAGAGAGUGCAACAAUCUUCCUGUUUGAGAAGCAGAAAGCCUUCGUUUUGAGCUUCAGCACCCGUCUCUCAAUGCUGCAGGUCACUGGCUGGACACUAAAGGUGCGAAUGGCUGCACUUCAGUACAGCAGCUCCGUGUCCCCAGAGCAGCGGUUCUCAGACUGGAAAGACCUCGAUUCAUUUCACAGUAAAGUCAGUACCAUGAACUACAUCGGCCAUGGCACCUACACCACCUACGCCAUCAACAACGCCUCCCAGCUGCUGGUGCAGGAGACGCCGGCGGACAGCGUCAGGGUUGCAGUGCUUAUGACAGAUGGGGUCGACCAUCCAAGGAACCCCGAUGUGAUUUCAGCUGCUGCCGAGGCCAAAGGUCACGGUAUAAAGUUCUUCGCUGUCGGUUUGUCAAACAUUGCACAACAGAGUCAAAAUAAUGCCAAGCUGAGGGCCAUCGCCAGCGCUCCGGCUCAGCAGUUUGUCCAAAGUCUCCUCAACCCUCAGCUGGAGGAGACGCUGCUCAAAGAGAUGAGUGCAGUGGCAGCUGAAGGGUGUCCACAGGCCCAAGUGUGUUUGUGUGAAAGAGGGGAGAGGGGCCCACCGGGGAGUCCAGGUAGAAAAGGAGAUGCAGGCUUCAGGGGGGCACCUGGUCUAAAAGGAGCAAGGGGGGAGCCUGGCUUGAAUGGUCGACCUGGAAAUGAUGGGCCAGAGGGUCGUCCAGGCUACAAGGGCAACAAGGGGGAGAGAGGAGACUGUGGCACUCCAGGAGAAAAGGGUGACAUUGGACCCGAGGGACCUCUGGGACCACGAGGACCAAAAGGAGUACAGGGAGCUUUAGGACUACCAGGAGACAUGGGUCCCGAGGGCCCAACGGGACCAAAAGGUGACAGGGGGCCCAUUGGGGUCCCUGGACCACCAGGGGACAUCGGUAUUGGAUUCCCAGGGGCUAAGGGUGAAAAGGGUAUUCAGGGAAGACCAGGUCCCACAGGUCCAGUUGGGAUAGGAGAACCAGGACUACCAGGCCCUCCGGGUCCACAAGGAGUACAAGGAAGCCCCGGACCACCAGGAGAGGGCUUCUCAGGGCCAAAGGGUGAUCGGGGAUUCCAGGGUCCAAGGGGAAGUCGUGGACUUCCUGGUGCUGGAGCUAAAGGGGACAAGGGAACUCCAGGGCCACCUGGGAUUCCAGGUCCAGUUGGGUCUCCUGGGUUAGGAUUUCAAGGAGAAAAGGGUGAUCAAGGACCAGCUGGACCUCCAGGCCCCAGAGGAGCUCCAGGUAUCGUCAUAACUGGACCAAAGGGUGAUCCGGGACUCCCAGGUGAUCUUGGACCACCAGGUGAGAGAGGAGUGGGACAACCUGGACCCAAAGGCGACCCCGGCUCAGAGGGGUUGAUAGGGAUACCAGGUCAGCCAGGGGAGGAUGGAGCCCCUGGACCAAAGGGUGACAUGGGGUUACCGGGACUUAGGGGACCUGAUGGGGCUCCUGGUAAAGGCGUACCUGGAGCAAAGGGGGACAGAGGGGACAGGGGAACAAGAGGCCCCCCAGGUGCAGUUGGUCCAGUGGGGCCAAUGGGGCCGAAGGGGGAACUAGGAAUAAUUGGCCCCCCAGGACUCCCUGGACCACCAGGGCGGGGAAUUGUAGGUGCCAAGGGAGAACCAGGCCCACGGGGUGCACCUGGAGCUUUGGGAGAGCCAGGGAUUGGUUUAACUGGACCCAAGGGAGACCGAGGGUCACCUGGGCCUCCUGGAUCACCUGGACUGAAAGGUGAAGGUUACUCAGGUCCUCCAGGUCUUCCAGGCCCUCCUGGGCUGCAAGGAGAGGCUGGAGCUGAUGGUUCUGGUUUACCUGGACCAAAGGGAGACCGAGGCCUGCCUGGACCACCUGGACCUGCUGGGUCACCAGGGAUCGGCCCAAUGGGUCCAAAGGGUUCAGUUGGUAAAGAGGGCCCACCUGGUCCACAGGGCUUACCUGGAGAGGGAAUCCAAGGACAAAAGGGAGAGCCAGGGUUUCAGGGGAUCUCGGGCCCCAGAGGUCCUCCAGGACAAGGUCUGCAAGGGGACAAGGGUGAACGAGGCUUCAGAGGUGAUAAGGGCACAAAGGGGGACAGAGGAGAACCAGGAGAGGCUGGAGCUUCUGGACCUUUGGGUAGAGUGGGACAAAAGGGAGAGCCUGGACUCACAAGGGAAGAAAUCAUCAAAAUUGUCAGAUCCAUUUGCAGCUGUGGAGUGACUUGCCGUCAAACCCCCUUGGAGCUGGUCUUUGUGAUCGACAGCUCAGAGAGCGUCGGCCCCGACAACUUCGACGUCAUCAAAGACUUUGUGAACGUCCUGAUCGACCGCUCCUCGGUCAGCCGGGAUGCCACUCGAGUGGGCGUGGUCCUCUACAGCCACAUCAACACUGUGGUAGUCAGCCUCAGGCAGGAAGCGACGCGUGAUGAGAUCAAGUCUGCUGUGCGUUCAAUGACCUACAUGGGAGAGGGGACGUUCACGGGCAGUGCCAUCUAUCAGGCCAACCAGGUGUUCAGAGCAGCACGGGCAGGUGUGAGGAAGAUGGCUAUCAUCAUCACAGAUGGGCAGGCAGACAAGAGAGACGUGGUGGGUCUGGAGAGUGCAGUGGCCGAGGCUCACAGGAGUAAUGUGGAGAUGUUUGUGAUCGGGGUGGUGAACAAAAGUGAUGCGCUGUAUGGAGAGUUCAAGAAGGAGAUCAACCUGAUGGCCUCAGACCCUGACAGUGAACAUGUUUACCUAGUAGACGAUUUCAGAACGCUCACAGCUCUGGAGAAGAAACUCUUGAGUCAUAUCUGUGAGGAUGGAGAGAGGCGUUUGUUCAGCUCCGUCCCAAUCUCCAGGCUGCCUCCAGGAAUCCCUGAAGCCUCAAGCAACGUUCGAGAACCCCCAUACAGGACAGAUACGGACACACCAAGCUUUACAGGAGACUUCAGGAGACUUCACACAGGCCCCGGUCCUCCAGCUCCACAGCCCAACAGAGAGCCCAUCGCUCCCCAAAGACCAAAGACUGACGACAGAUCCUCCUCAGAGACUCAGAGGUUUCCAUUCUUCGACUGGGAGCCCUUCAGACCUGUGACAGAGUUUGACAUGAAAGAUCCCAACCAUCACGUGGCGAUGACAGGAGCUAUUGGGCCGGCAGGUCCCACUCUGAGGGCUCUACCAACACCAGCACCAUCACCCCCUCCAUCUCCUCCACAGCAGCCUUCGGACUCCCAGAGAUCAGCAGAGCGCUGCAGCCACGUGCUGGAUCCGGGUCCUUGUCGAGACUACGUGGUGAAGUGGUACUACGAUGCUGUAGCUAACUCCUGCGCUCAGUUCUGGUUUGGAGGCUGCUCUGGAAACAGCAACCAGUUUGAGACGGAGAAGAGCUGCAGAGACACCUGCGUCAGAGCCUAACAGACAUGCACCUGUAGUGUCAUACAUCAUAAACAUCAUACAUUAUCAACAAUAAAACAACUUGAUGCAACCACUUCAAUACUAUAGAAUUACAUGUGUAGGUACUCUGAUAUGGAUACAACAGCAUAAUGUCAUUAAAUAGGUACGAUUCAAUCAAAGCAGCUUUAAAUGGUGCUGAAGAUUUGAAGUUUCUCCGUAGCUAAGUACUAUUAAAUAUGUUUUUGCCUGUUGGCUUGAAGGAUUUGUGUAUUAAUUGUGUCAAAGAAGCAGUAAAAACAUUUCUGUGAUGUUACUUACUCACUGCUGGAGAAUUCUUUAUAACCACUAACCUCUAUUCAGUAAAAAGUAACCUUUUGUAUUGUGUAAAAAUGCAAUAAUGUAUUUUUCUACAUAAUG